CUCCGUCCUGGAUCCCCGAGGAACGCCUGCAAUCUCGCACACUACUAUAGGCAUUUUAGCUCACUGCCUCUAGAUAUUGGGCAUCCAUGCAGGUUGAGCCUCAGCACCGCCAACUCAUAUUUGAGCUUAUAAAAGGUUCAAGCUUUUCCAAUCUUCCAUCAAUUAUACUCUAUCGAAUCGGAAUCUCUGGUAUUCGCACAAUUCUCUUAACUUAAUUUGGUUCUUUCUUUUCCAUUUUUACACCAUACACGGUCCCGUACAGCUUGACACGUAUCGUUAACCGUGUGACAGCCGACAUGACUUGGUUUACCGGUGCCCGAGACACGUCCGAUAAAGGCUGGCAUUUCGAUGCCGUCAGUCUCCUGGCAGUGAUUGGAGAAUCCAUUAUCGAGAGGCAGAAGCAUAUUAUAGUAGCUUCAUCAUUUAGCGUCCUCCCUCGUCUUUUACCGGCGCCACAAGCCAUUUUGAACAUGGGUUCGACGACGCAGCUACCACUGCUUAAAAAUGUGUCUGUCAUUGGUGUACAUUCAGGAGCAAUGUACGACGAACUAGGUUACGUCGCCCAAAGGAUACAUCAGACAGAUAAGCUGCAACCAUACGAAUGUCGUGUCUAUGAAAUCUGUCGUUCGGAAAGUUAUGAACCAGAUGCCGACAUUCGCGAAUUGGAAGAGUGUCAUGAAUCUAGAAGAAUAAGAAUACGGCUCAAGCAGUUCUGCGUCAUGAAUAUCUUGACCUUGGCAUCUGUCCUCUUGACAGUCGGCUUGGCUGUCUGGUCAAUCCUUAUUCACGAUGGUAUUGGAUUACUAGCCAUGACCACUAUGUCAAUAUCCAGCAGUCUGGCAUGCCUUUCGCAACGCUCAAAUCCAGAAACUGGGGAAGGAAGAACCGACCUUGAUAAAAUGCCCGGCGAUGUUGUUAUCAGGACCAAGAACGGUGCUUUUGUGGUCGUGCAUUGUUCCGAGACUAUUGCCCAGGAACUAUACGCAAAGCGAGAAAGCUAUUUUUAUGCCAGGAAGCCAGAGAGUUCUGUUUUCAAAAUGCUGAUGGGGACCAGCACCAUUCUAUUGAUGGUAUCCGUGCUCCUCUUCAGCAACUGUGGGUGGACAAUGCAGACGGCUAUUGCCGUUACCUAUAUCUUGCUGAACCUGUGUUACUGGGCCGUUCCCGUGUUGUUCGAUGAGAAAAGUUUUUGGGAUCUGAGCGCUAUUUAUAAAAUCACGCUACUUAAACAUACAUAUAAGAAGAACUUAACGCGCGCACUGUGGGAAGCAAUUUCUACAACACACCAAGUUAAAUGGGUCCGAAAGUCGCGUAUAUUACCGGAUACGGAAGCUUGGAAAGCCUGGCUACAGGAGGCAAAGGAAAGACUUUCUUCAAAUUUAGACUGGGAUCCUGAAAUGGCAAGGGACCGUUUGAUGGCAAAGGUAUCGUUGCCACCUCGCGACCCUUAGAAAGAAGUUGUUUAUAAACUGAAGGAGUGACUGUACAUGCACCUUCUGCUAGAUCACAAGGGAAGGCAAUGGCGUGUUUCCAUUUGCAUAAUAUUAAUAUCAAUAUUACAAUCUAUAUGCAGAAAUAACCAUGGCGAUAUUGGCCAGUACUCAAGUGAACAGGUCCUACCCUCGAGAAUAUGUGAGUCGAGAAGUCUGAUUACGACCUAUAAGAUUGCAGGAUAUGAGAAGGCUCUCAAAGCCAGGAUCCUGCGGACUGUGUACAUAGUCUGUUUCCUUAUUCUGGUUAUUAGUAC